AGGUAUUAGAUUGUUAAUAAUAGUAUCGAAAAUUGUUUCCUAAGAAAAGGUCUGCAGAUCAAACUCCAAAAUGGCGGAUCCAGAUACCUUGAUCAAAGGAAAAAUCCAUUAUUUUGGACGGGGGAAAUACUACCACUCCAUGCAAGUUGCUGCUGUAGAAGGAAUGAAACGAUUCAGCGGUGAUCCCGCAUUCAAAUUCUUCUACGGCAUGGCUCUGGUUCUUGAAGGUCGGGUUCAAGAAGGAAUCAGAGAGUUAGAUCCAUUGCAAAGCUAUUCAGAGGUUAUGCUGGGAUCGUUAUUGGCCUUGAUUCACGCCCACAAGUUAUGUUUGACUGUGGAUAAAGAGGCUGUGGCGCUAUAUGAUAGUAAACUGAAGGAAGAAAGAAAGCGGGCGGAUGAUCAAGCCUUGUAUUAUGCCGGAGUGUUCCUAUUUUACAUAGAGAAAAUGGACAAGGCUAAGGAGUAUGUGGACCGCCUGUUGAAAAUCAACCCGCAAUCCAAGGAUGGUCUCAUUUUGAAAGGCUGGGUGGAAGUUUUCCAAGUCCGCGAGAGCUUUAACAAGAACACAUUCCAAUACUUUGAGGCUGUUCUCAAGACCAACAAUCGCAACAUUGAGGCUCUCUUCGGCAAGGCCAAGUACUUUGAGAUGUGUGGAGAUUUCGACCAAGCCAACCAAACACUAAGUACACUGGUGGUGGUGUAUCCAAAGUUUCCACCGCCCUUGAUAGAGAAAAUGAAGGUGGAACUUGCUCUCCAAGAUUGGGAACAAGCCGAGGACACGGCAAAUAGGGUCCUCGCGAUUGAACCCAGGAACAUAGAAGCAACCAAGUUCAAAAUUCUCCAACUGAUUUGUAGAAAGGGACAGUAUGAAGAUGCUGGGCUGCAACUGCGAAGAUUGUAUGCCGAAUUGGAACGAGUGGAACAGAAGAACGCCAUUCAAUUCAGGUUGAAUGCCCAAUUGUUCUCCAGGAUUUGUGGCCGUGACCCUAUUGUGUUGGAAGUAACAGCCAUGUUUGCGGAGAAAGCAGCUUCGAUCGACGCGAACAGUUCCAUUUGUAUGGUUGAGGUCGGUUACCAAUGUCUCCUCCGUGGCAAAGUGAAAGACGCACAAAGAUAUUACAAGCAGGCCACCAAAUUGGACGAAUCGUCAGUCUUAGCUUUGAGUGGAAUCGUAGCUUGCCAACUCAAAGAAAAGCAAUUUGAAAUUGCCAAGGAGCAAUUGGAGUUCCUUGAAGAGAUCCAAAGCACCGUGAGUAACCGAUCUGAAAUUCUUUUCAUGAGCGCCAUUUUGAAAAGACAUACAGGCAAAUUGCCCCACGAAGUCAUGCAAUUGUUGGACGACGCCGUGGAAACUCAUUUUAAAUCUGUGCGAGGGAUGCCUUUUGGCACCGAUUAUCUGACCGUCAUGAAUCCUGAUUAUGUCACUGAACUUGUGCGAGAAUAUCUCCUCUAUGCUCCGUCUGAACCCACCACGCAGGGACAGGCCAUUGCUCCUGCCCUCAGAAGAACUUUGAUGGUCCUGGAACCGGUUACCAAAGCUUGUCCGGGCCUCAGGGAUGCUCAGUUUUUGGUAGCCAAAGCCAAAUAUUUGUCUGGAGACCUCAAAUCAGCUUUAAGUACCUUACGCCAUGUCCUGGACAAUAUUGAUCCCACAUUUGCAGAGGCUCAUCUUUUAAUGGCUCAAGUCCAACUCCGACAAGGCCAUUACUUGAACGCGCAGCAAAGUUUGGAAGUGGGACUUAGUUACAACUUCGAGGUGCGCGAUCAUCCGAUUUAUCACCUGAUCAAUGCCAAAGUAUUGAAGGAGCAGGGUGAUGUGGCGGCAGCCAUCAAGACCCUUCAAACGGCAAUGCAAUUGAUAAAGAAGAAAAAGGCAACCAACGCCAAAUCUAACACGGUUGGCUCCUCCAUUGAGUUCUCUACUAUGGACAAAGUGUCCUUAUACUUGGAAUUGGCCGAUUGCUAUCGAAUGAAUGGUCAAAACCAAGAGGCAUCGAGGGUCAUGCAAGAAGCCAUGAGCGAACACCAAGGCACGGGUGAAGAAAUUCGGAUCACGGUAGCUAAUGCCGAUCUGGCCUUGGAGAAGGGAGAAACAGACACGGCUCUCAACAUCCUCAGGACUAUUGGACCCGAGCAACCUUACUACCUUCAAGCCAUGGAGAAAAUGGCACAAAUCUACUUGCAUCACAGGAAGGAUAAAAAGCUGUACGCCCAAUGCUACAGACAGAUUGUGGACCGUAAUCCAACCCCUCAGAGCUAUGCACUUUUGGGUGAUGCUUAUAUGGCUAUUCAAGAACCAGACCGAGCAUUAGAAAUAUAUGAGCAAGCCGUCAAAAGAAACCCUAGAGAUUCCAUUCUCGCGGCUAAGAUGGGCCAAGCCUUGCAAAAGACACAUCAGUAUGGAAAGGCCAUCAACUAUUACAAAGAAGCGGUCAAAAACGAGGAUAACAAUCCCCUUCGCUUUGACAUGGCUGAACUCCAAAUGAAACUGAAACAAUUUGAAAAAGCAGAGCGGACCAUUCAACAAGCUCUUGAUCUAGAGGGUCAAACAGGCUUAAAUGACAUCAACUCUCUAAUCAUACAAGCCAAGUUUCACACACUCAGGGCUAACAUAUUUGAGAGAAAUAAUAAUAUGGAGGCUGCCAUUAAGGCCUUGAGCGAUACCAAAGAUAUGCGAAGCCGGAUCUUAAAGCGAGUUCAAGUGGAACAACCGGAUUCUGUCUUGGAACAAAGACAGCUCACCGCCAAGAUUUGCCACCAAAUCGCUGAACACUCCGUUAUGCAACGGAAUUACGAUGCAGCGAUUUUGCAAUACAAAGAGUCCCUUCAAUUUCAUCCUGAAGAUGAUGUUGCUUUGUGCGCUCUGGCCCGACUCUACCUUAUGAACGACGAUUUGGACCAAUGUCAGUACACGUGCAUGACCUUACUCAGGAAUGACAAGGAGAACGAAGAGGCCACCAUCAUGAUGGCGGAUUUAGCCUUUAGGAAGAACGACUACGAGUCGGCCAUGUUCCAUUUUCAACAAUUGCUACAGAAAAGACCCGACUAUUGGGUGGCUUUGGCCAGGUUGGUAGAGGUGAUGAGAAGGACGGGCAACCUUCAGGAUGUUCCACAGUAUCUGACCAAAUCAGAAGAGUUCGUUGGCAACCGAGCCUCUUUGGAACCUGGACUUUGCUUUUGCAAAGGCUUGUACGAAUGGUACGCCGGAAACCCGAACGAUGCUCUCAAGCUCUUUAAUAAAGCUCGUAAGGAUAACGAAUGGGGACAGAGGGCAAUCUACAGCAUGAUUGAGAUCUGCUUAAAUCCAGACAAUGUCAUGCUCGGGGGAGAGGUCUUUGAAAGUGUCGACUCCGAAGUCCACGCCGACUCGCGAGAUAGCGAGGAAAUGGCUUUGAGGACGGCUGACAAGCUCUUGAGGGAGCUGAAACCCAAGCCAGGUCAACAAAUGAUCAGCUAUCAGCUCCUUCAGGGCAUGCUCCUCUUGGCCAGUAAGAACAAGACCAAUAUCGAACGAGCCUUGCAAGAUUUCAUGACCGUUGCUGCCCAAGAUGUGCAAGGCAGGGAGAAUGUCGGCGCCAUCCUGGGCAUAGCCACAGCGUAUCAGCUCUUGAAGCAAACCCCAAGAGCGAGGAAUCAAUUAAAGCGUGUGGCGAAACAUAGCUGGAACUUUGAGGAUGCCGAACAAUUGGAGAAAUGCUGGCUUCUUCUGGGCGACAUUUAUAUCCAAGGUGGGAAGUAUGACAUGGCUACCGAGUUACUGAGAAAGGUUCUGCUUCAUAACAAGUCCAGCACGAAAGCCUAUGAAUAUAUGGGAUAUAUCAUGGAGAAGGAGUCGUCGUACAAGGAUGCAGCUCAGCAUUAUGAGCACGCUUGGCGGUUCAGCAACAAGGCCAAUCCAGCAGUUGGCUACAAGCUGGCCUUCAACUAUAUGAAGGCCAAGCGCUUUGCCGAUGCCAUUGACGUUUGUCAUGAGAUUUUGGAAAAAUACCCCAAUUAUCCGAAAGUGCGCAAAGAAAUUUUGGAAAAGUCCAGAGACAAUUUGCGGCGUUGAUCGACCUGUUCAAAUUAAACAGUUUUUCUCU